AUGGACCAGCAGAGGACCGUGCACGGAGAGGACCUAGACCCCCUGCUCAGAAGUGGCCAAUUUUUUACAGAGUAUUUGGAAGGAAGAGUUGUCGUCAGUGCAGUGCUGUUAGGUGUUUCCAUCAUACAGUCUGGGCAGAGAGACUACUUUACUCACCAGAAACUACUCACCAGAAACUACUCGCCAGACCACCGGGGAAGAGGAGUGGAGUUGAAGUCUAAAGAUUUUAUGAGAUUUGAUCAGCACAUUGGGAGUAGGACCAUUGUCAGUGCAGCUGCCCUAUCUUCCCGUGUCAUCCAAGGAGAUAAAAUCGAUGAUGUUGAGAAAGGCAAGAAGAUUUUUGUUCAGAAGUGUGCCCAGUGCCACACUGUGGAAAAGGGAGGCAAGCAUAAGACUGGACCCAAUCUCCAUGUUCUUUUUGGGCAGAAGACAGGUCAGGCCGCUGGAUUCUCCUACACAGAUGCCAACAAGAACAAAGGUAUCGCCUGGGGAGAGGAUACCCUGAUGGAAUAUUUGGAGAAUCCCAAAAAGUACAUCCCUGGAACAAAAAUGAUCUUCGCUGGAAUUAAGAAGAAGGGAGAAAGGGCAGACCUAGUAGCUUAUCUUAAAAAGGCUACCAAUGAGUAAUUCCACUGCCUUAUUUAUUACAAAACAAAUGUCUCAUGGCUUUUAAUUGUACCAUAAUUUAAUUCGUACAUCAAAAUUCAGAUCAUGAAUGGCUAACAAUA